UUGAAUUCACAGCAAAGGACCUGAAGUGGACAGCAGAGCUGCUCAGCAUGCAGAGCGUCAGCUCUCCUGGAGGCAGAGUCCUCACCGAGGACCAGUUUACCUGCUCAAUCUGUUUGGAAAUAUUUGUGGAGCCUGUCUCUACUCCCUGUGGUCACAGCUUCUGCAAGGCCUGUCUGCAGGGCUACUGGAACCACAGCAAGAAGUUCCAGUGUCCAAUGUGCAAGAAGACCUACUCCAAAAAACCUGAGAUGAGUGUCAACCGGGUCCUGGCUGAAAUUUCCACCCAGUUUCAGGGGCUGGUGGUGUCUGGGGCUGCUGCAGGAACCCCUGCACGAGGGGGCUCAGUGAGUUCAAACUUGGACACAGGCCACAGCAGCCACAUCAGCUCUCAGGACACUGGGGAGUUUGCCCAGCCUGGGGAGGUUCCCUGUGACGCUUGUAUUGGAAGGAAGUUAAAGGCACAUAAGUCUUGUGUGAACUGCCCUGGAUCAUUCUGUGAGACCCAUCUAAGGCAUCACAAAAAGGUCAAGACUAUGGUUUCACAUCGUCUGAUUGAGCCCACCUUCCAUCUGGAUGAGAAGAUCUGUAAAAAACAUGAACGUCUUCUGGACGCCUACUGUCGCUCUGAUCACACCUGCAUCUGCACAGUCUGUGCAGAUGCCAUGCACAAAUCCCAUGAUAUUGUCUCCGUUGACCAUGAGUUUAAGAAAAAGACGAGUGUUCUUGGAAAAAAGAGGUCCGAGCUGAAACAUCUAAUCAAAGAGAGAACUAAAAAACUGGAAGAGAUCAAGCAGUCCAUCAAGGUUAUCAAGGCCAACGCUCAGAAGGAGCUGGAGGACAGCUGGCAGGUGUACGCCGAGCUGCAGAGGCUGGUGGAGCAGAGUCAGGCCGACCUGGUGGAGCUGAUUGCCACGAGGCAACGUGAGGCUGAGCGCCACGCCCAGGAGCUGGCCCGAGGUCUGGAGAACGAGCUGAGCCAACUGAAGAGGAAGAGCAACGAGCUGGAGAGCCAAGCACAGACUAGGGACAAAGUGGUGUUCCUCCAGAACUUCUCAACGCUGUCACCCCUACCUGAGAUCACUGACUGGUCGGUGGUCAGCGUCAAUACCGACCUCUAUCUGGGGACCAUCCGAUCCUCCGUCAGCAGCCUCGUCGACAAUUUCAACGAGGAGCUUAAGCGACUGUAUGGAAAAGAGCUACGAAAAGUGCAGAACUAUGCCAGUGAACUGAUUUUGGACCCGUCCACUGCCCAGAAGAACCUGGUUGUAUCUGAUGAUGGUCAGCAGGUAAAAUACGAAGAGCGCAAAGUUUCUCACACGGAGGGUUCGCGGCACUUUAACCCAGCCCUCUUCGUCCUGACUCGAGAGGGGUUCAGCUCUGGCAGACACUACUGGGAAGUGGAGUUGGGGCGUAAAACGGCCUGGACACUCGGCGUGGCCAAGGCUUCGGCCCGCCGCAAGGGCGAGAUCAACCUGAGCCCUGAAGGUGGGUACUGGUGCCUGUGGCUGAAGAACGGGGAGGUGAAAGCUCUGGCUACUUCUCGCCUGUCUCUAAUGCUGCCCAGUCUUCCCAGCAAAAUAGGAAUCUUCCUGGAUUACGAAGCCGGUCAGCUUUCUUUCUACGAUGUGAAGGCGCGCCUACAUCUCUACACCUUCAAGGAUAAUUUCAGUGAGAGCGUGCAUCCCAUUUUCAGCCCCUGUUUGACGCAGGAAGGGAAGAACGCAGCUCCGCUCAUCAUAGCUCAUGUAAAACACAGCUGAGGCAGCCAGAGAGCACACCCCGAUCGAACGUCAAGGACUAAGGGCUUGGAGCAAAACAAGUUUUGUUCAUGAAGCACUUCACAUUGAUCAGUAUCCACUGCGGAUACAAAUAAAGAAAGUGGCUUUGCACUUUCUACAUUUUUCAUCAAACUUUUGACUGUUUUUGCUGAAGUAAAGACUUUAUUGACUGACUGCUGUUCAUCUCUCAUCUUGUGCUUUUUGAAGAAUUAACAGAGCCCUAUUAAAGUGUAAAAACACCAGUUCUCCCAAGUCUCCCCAAUUACAUGCUAAUCUUAUUGGGAUUUUGUUUUAUCUGAUUCAGUUGGAUGGACUAAAGUGAUCAAUAAAUUUGAGUAAAUGUGUAAUUCUGUGACUAACCUUGUAACUCGAAUCAGUCUGUAUGUGUAUUUUUAUGGCAUUUAAUAAUUUAUAUGUUAAAACAAUGAAGAUGGUAAAUAUAAGAAGCUGAAGGAACCAAGUGAGUUUGUUGCACGUUAUUUUUGAAUUUAUACCAAUG